AAAGUGCAGCGGUCAUGAAGACCAUGAAGAUCCUGAGCGGUGUUCUGAUUCUCUCCCUGAUGUUGUCAGAGUCCACAUUGGGCGACAUUCAGAAGAGAGUCGUCGGGGGAAACACGUGCAGUCCCACUGAAAGGCGAUACUAUGUCCGUUUGACAGCUAAAAAUCCAUCGAAACGAUUGGAAAAGGUCUGCGGCAGUUCUCUGAUUAACAACAAGUGGCUUCUAACUGCCGCUCGCUGUUGGCCUGAUGGACCAGAAUGGAAGAUGUAUGCAGAAGUAGGUGGACAUCCAGGCCCUGUGAAACCUCAAGUAGAAAUCAAACAGAAGACGAUACGUAGAGAUAAGAAAGGAAAAACCCAUGACAUCAUGCUACUGCAGUUACCAACUCCUGUUCCGGGAGCUGUUCCGGGUCCUGGGGUUGAUCCAAUCAAUCUUGGUGAUUGUGCACAAUUCUUCGCCAAAAUUCAGGGGAAGACGUCUAAACCAAAAGAGUUCCAAACAGUUCAGAUUGCAGGCUAUGAUGCCACUACACCUGCUGCACCUGACGCUGGGGAACCUGAUGCUGAGGAACCUGAUGCUGAGGAAUCUGCUGCUGAAGCACCUGCUGCUGCCAACACCAAAGUCCUACAUUGUGCAGAGCUGGAUGUUAUGAAAUGUGACUCCUCCGUGGCAAAGUCCCAUCAAGACAUCUUCUGUGCACAACGUGCCGGAGUGGAAACCUGUAGAGGUGACUCUGGGGCAGGUGUGGUGUAUAAGAACCAGCUCUAUGGUGUCUUCAUAACUGAGGACACUGGUGAAGAAUGUUCUGCAGCGGCACUCAUCAUGGAUGUCUGCAAGUACAAAGAUUGGAUAAAGAAGAUAAUUGGCAAAUAAAGAAGAAAACUGACAGUUUUCAUUUGAUUAACAGCAAAAGCUGAUUAUUGUAUCCUAAUAAACCAUAAAAGAGUUCUCAAAUUUA